AUGAAUAUCUAUACCUAUGUCGUCAUCUGGAUUUGCGAUGCGUCACGGAGCGUGAGGGCGCUGCAGGCGGCUUGUUGCCGCCCAAAUCAAUAUCCUCACGACGUGCGCCGUCCCGCCGGUUUUCCCUUCAGUAUUUCAGAAGGCACCCCCCUCGUUGCCCAUUUCUCGUGUCCAUUCGCGCUACUAGUGCCCGUAAGCGAAUUCCAACAGAUAACCGGACUUGACCCAAUUACUCGAAGGGACGGCAAGAUAGAGCGUGCGGGGUGUCCGGGGAUCUGUGGCCCGCAGGCCGCGACCACAUCAACCCUGUCUUUCUCAAGCUUCCGCAACUCCUUCACCACCAAUGUCAAUUACCUGAAAAGAAGCUCAGCGGAGGCGUUGCGCAGAUUCAGCUCGGGGGACCUGCAGAGCGAGUGCGAUGAGGGCGAGGUGGACCCCUACACCGGCCGCCCGGCCACCACAAGCCAGCCGAAGCCGCAGAACCAGAGACCGACUUCACAGGCGACCGGUGGCAGCAUCAGCAGCACGGGCAGCGGCAGCGGCGGCGCCGGCCCAUCGGGGCCGCCGCCGGCGCCCAGCUCUGGCGGAGACCUAUCGCUCAACCUGCGCGGGGGCUCCCGAGGAACCUCCGCGCCAUCAUCGCCCGCCAAGUCUCGGGAGUCGCUUCUGCAACGCGUACAGUCGCUCACAGGCGCUGCAAGAGAUCAGGGUGCUAACUUGUUAGGCAGUGUAACAUCGGUGACGUCAGUGGGCCGUGGUUACAACCGCGACCGCUGUGUAACGCUGUUGGUCGUCGACGACCAGAACACCGACUGGUCCAAGUACUUUCGCGGCAAGCGGCUGCCCGGCGAGUGGGACAUCCGCGUCGAGCAGGCCGAGUUCAGGGAGCUGUCGGUGACAGCUAAUUCCGACGGGGCCAACGUGUCGAUGGCUGUGUAUCGCGGCGGCACCAAAGUUACGCGAUGCUUCAAACCGGAGUUUGUGUUAGUGAGGCAAAACGUGAGAGACGCCGGCGCCGACAACCGUGCUUUGCUGCUAGGACUCAAGUUCGGAGGAGUGCCCUCCAUCAACAGCCUUAAUUCCAUCUACCACUUCCAGGACCGUCCAUGGGUAUUCGGGCACCUGCUGCAGCUGCAGCGGCGCCUGGGCCGCGAGAACUUCCCCCUGAUCGAGCAGACCUACUACCACAACCACACCGACAUGGUGACGGCCCCGAAGUUCCCGGUGGUGAUUAAGAUAGGGCACGCGCACUCCGGCGUGGCCAAGGUGAAAGUGGACUCGGUGGCCGACUUCCAGGACAUAGCUGGGGUGGUGGCCAUGCUCGGCUCCUACUGCACGGUAGAGCCCUACAUCGACGCCAAAUACGAUAUACAUAUUCAGAAAAUUGGCACCAACUAUAAGGCAUUCAUGCGCAAGUCUAUAUCGGGCAAUUGGAAGACAAACCAGGGCUCGGCCAUGCUGGAAGCUAUCGGCAUGAACGAUCGGUACAAGAUGUGGAUCGAUGAGGUCAGCGAGAUCUUCGGUGGACUGGAAGUCUGUGCCCUAGAACUGGUGGUGGGCAAAGACGGACGCGAGCACAUCAUCGAGCUCAACGAUUCGGCCACUUCCUUCAUGGGCGACUCACAGGAGGAGGAUCGCCGCCAUCUUGCCGACCUCGUCUUUCAAAGGAUGCAGUCCGUGUGCCGGCCGGGCAUCACGAAGACGGCGUCCCGCAGCUCGGUGUCGGGCAGCUCGGCGCCGUCGCCCGAGGAGCGGUCGGCGCCGCUGCCGGGCGCGGGCGCGGGCCCGCCGAGCGUGCCGCCGCCCGCGCCGCUCGUCGCCGCGGCCAGCAUCGACCGCCCGCUGCCGCCCAUCCCGGCCGAGCCCAGCCAGCCACCGCCGCCCCCGCUCACGAGGCGCGACUCGCAAGCAUCCCAGUCAUCGACGGUGUCUUCGGCCUCGGGCGCGCCGGGCGCGGCGAGCGCGGCGGCGGCGGGCGCGGCGCCGGCGGGCUCGGCGGCGGGCCGCGGCGGCUUCGCGCGUCAGGGCUCGCUCAGCGCCGCGCUCACCGAGGACGCCGAGGACACCAUGAAGAACUUGAGGAAAACCUUCGCCGGCAUAUUCGGCGAUAUGUAA